AUGGACGCCGGCAACGCUUCCUCAAGCAACGCCGCGGGGCCAAGUGGUGCUGCUUCUUCCGCUUCCGGAGGAGCUCCAUCGUCCUCGAGUGUCACCGGCACCGGCUUCCGUAUCGCCGGCUUUGGACAAAGAGACUCGACUGGAUCCGGUGGUGGUGGAGGCGGCGGCGGCAGCGGCUUGCGCAUCGCCGGUGCAGCUGCUCGUGCCGCUGCUGCGUCGGCGGCAAGCACCUCUGGCACAUCUCCAACAAAGCGAAUGAUGUCUCCGAACAGGCUCACCAAGCUGCCCAAGCCCCCGACACACGCGCUGCCUCCUCCGCCACCGGGUGCGACUCUUCAGGCGCAGUUCUUCUCCCCACCGCACGGCGACCGGGACGAGUCGACGACGACGAGUAACAGCACAAAAGCCGGCUCGGGGCGCCCUCCCGUGAGGGACCCUCCACAGCGAGAAGCAAGAGACGGCGGAGGAAGCUACGGCCACGGCCACAGUCACGGCCACGCUCAGCCUCACGGUCGGUCGCCCCGCCGCAGUGACAGGCGUGACAACGGACCCGACCGCGAGCGACCUUACCGAUCCAUGCCAGCGCCCAUGUACGAUGAGCCCGGGCGAUACGUCCCCGGUGGACCGCCCGACGAUGGCCCUUCGUCCCGCCGCGAGCGCGACGACCGGUACCGUGGCGACCCGCGUGAACGUGACCGCCGCGACUAUGACUAUCGAGACGACCGCGACUCGUAUCAUGGGCGCUGGAGUCCGCCGCGCGGUGUGUCACCUCGCCGCGGAGGUCAAGGUGGCGGAGGAGCAGACUUUUACCACCCAGGCCCCGGCGGUGGUGGCCGCGGAUACGACAACCGCGAUGGAGGUCGAGAUGGAAGGGAUGUCCGCGAUGGACGACUGCGCGAUUCGCGAGACGACAGAGCUGGUCCGAGAUACCACAGUCGCGAUCGUGAUCGCCGGCGGCCCGAUGAUGACCUGCGCGAUGGGUCACAGCACCGUCCUGGAGGGUAUGGCGGGGACAACAGGCGUGGUCCACGCCGCUCGCGCUCGCCAGUGCGCCCGAACGCUUCAGCGCUGUCUGCGACACCCUCAGAGCCCAAGAUCAAAGAGGUCGCCGACGAGGCUGAAGAGGGCGAGAUAGACGAUGUGGAGCCAUCUGCACCCCCUCCCCCGCCAGAAGGUCCGCCACCUCCAGCAACUCCCCCUCCCCCACCUCCACCAGACAGCGCACCACCUCCGCUUGACAACGCACCCCCUCCCCCACCGCCUUCAGGCUCAGAGCCACCCCCACCGCCGCCAGACUCGCCACAGAAGCAGCAAAUCGUCGCGCCAAAGCCCAAGGCGGCGUACGUUCCCCGCCGUGGCAGUACAGGCGCGCACGCACCCAACCGCAACCUCCUCGAGCCUGUGACUCGCUCGUCCACCCCGGCCGGACAGCAUUCGCAGAACCACGGUGGGCCCAAGCUGUUCCGCUUCCCGACCGCCGUCGAAGAAAAGGAGAGCCUCGGACGCCAGUUUAUUGGCACCACUACCUUGGCUGCUUACGAUAUCGGCUCCAAGCUUGGCGAGGGUACUUUUGGUGUUGUCACCAAAGCGGUCGAGCUGGCUACGAAAAAGCCCGUGGCGCUCAAAAAACUCAUCACGCACAACCCACGCGACGGUGUGAGCGUCACGACUGUCCGUGAGAUUAAGAUUCUCAAGCAGUUGCGACACCCGAAUGUGGUCGAGCUGCUCGACAUGGUUGUUGAAAGGAAAAUCCCCGGUGACCGUAAUCACCGCGGCGAAGUGUUCAUGGUCUUCCCCUAUGCGGACCACGACCUGUGCGGCCUGCUUAUGAACAAGGAUUUCAAGAUGAGUCACUCGGUUGCCAAGUUGCUCUUCCGCCAGAUCCUCGAUGGCCUGGCAUACAUGCACGGCAACAACAUUAUCCACCGCGACCUCAAGACGGCCAACAUUCUCGUCACGCAAAAGGGUGGUGUGAUGAUUGCCGACUUUGGUCUUGCGCGCACACUCGGUGUGCUGCCCAUGCCCAAGCACUCGCCACACGAGUAUACCAACAUGGUCGUCACCCGUUGGUACCGUGCGCCGGAGCUGCUCCUUGGAACGCAAGAGUACGGCACAGCCAUUGACAUUUGGUCCAUGGGCUGUAUCCUGGGAGAAAUGUACCUCCGCGAGCCCAUCUUUGCCGGCACGUCGGACCGCGACCAGCUUGUCAAGAUCUUUUCGCGCGCCGGUGCGCCAAACCAGCAGUCGUGGCCUGGUUGGGACAAGCUGCCAGGCUUCCCCGACGCCAAGGGUCACCCAUGGGACAAGACGCACCACGACACGUCGCUGCUCUUACUCGCGCGCAAGUGGCAGAUGGACCGUUCGGGCGCCGACCUCAUGAUUGAGCUCCUGCGCAUCGACCCGUCCAGGCGACCCACGGCCGAGAAGGCCCUCGACCACAUCUGGUUCUGGACGGACCCGUUGCCUGCCAAGAUUGGAUCCAUGCCCGUCGUCGAAUCGAGUCACGAAAUGACCACGCGCGAGCGCGAGCCCGCACCAGCCCCGCCAGCGUACCACCACCAGCGCCCGCCGCAGCACAGCCAGCCUCCAAACUGGACCAACCGUGGACCGCCCGGUGGUGGCCCCGUGCGCCCGCCAUACGGCGGCGGCGGACCUGGCCAACGACCACCGACGGGUCUCCCCGGCAUGCCCCACCCGGGCCAGCAGCAGCACAUGCAGCGCCCGCCAUUCGGCAACCAGCAGCAGCAACAGCAGUUUGGCGGCCGCCCACCCAACAACGGACCGUACGCGCCCAACACGUCUAUGGGCCGGCCGGGCGGUCCCCCACCCUUCCGCCUCGCUCCAGGCGGACCAGGAGGCCCCGGUGGACCUCCAGGUGGUGGACCAGGCGGUCGCGGUCCGCCCGCGCCAUUCAAGUUGGCUGGCGGGAUGCGUGCUGCGGGACCGAGCUUCCACGGUGGUGGUGGUGGAGGUGGGCCUCCGCCGAUGGGUAUGGGCGGACCACCGAACAUGGGGAUGGGCAUGGGCAUGGGAGGACCUCCAGGCAUGGGCAUGGGUAUGGGCGGGCCACCUGGGAUGGGCGGGCCUCCGAUGAAGCGCGGCGGCGGCGGCGGAGGCGACGAGUAUCGCCACGACAAGCGGCCACGGUACGAGGGCCGCGAUGCGUCGUUACCGUACUGA